GUCGCAUAGGAAAAGGACAUUAAGUAGGAAGAGAAAACCUGGAGGGUAGUCUCGGUGUUCCCUGCUGCUGCAGCUGAGCUGGUGCUGUGUUGCAGAUGGCAGAGGAAAGGAGGACGGUGCAGGUGACUGGCUUGCCCACUGGCGUUUCCAAGGAAAGGCUGGCAGACAAGCUGGCCAUCCACUUCUUAAGGACUCGGAACGGAGGCGGCGAAAUAAUCGGCAUCACGAUACCAGACGACUCCUCCACCACAGCCCUCAUCACCUUCGAAGACAGUGAAGUGGCCCAGAGGGUUUGCAGUCGAGGGAAGCACAUUCUAGCUGUGAGUGACCAGCAGUAUGAAGUGACCGUGAGCCUUCCCAGCAGUGAUGUCAGCCCAGAUGAGAUCUUCCUGCAGGUGGCUAUGACUGUGGACUACGGCAGGCUGCCUGCUGGCAGAGCCACGAUGAGGACUCUCAAGAAGAACUUUGUGGACGUGCAGUUCAGCUUUGACCAGAGAGAAGAGCUGUGCACUGUCAAAGGUCGCUUCUCUGACAUUCAGGACCUUGCCAACGAAGUGCUGAGCCUUCUGCAAACAUCUGAGCCUGCUAAAUCCCCGGUCCUCAAGACGAGCGAGAAGAGCCCAGGUCCUACUGGGCAGGAAGACCAUUCCCAGAAGGCUGAAAGGAAGAAGGAGAACAAGAUGAAGGAGCGUGCUCCAUUCCCGGUUCCCAGGAGUCCCAGCCCGCUCUGUCCUGAGUCUACUGGGGCUGGGCAUCUGGACAGCACAAGACAUGCCACAGAGGCUUCGGAGGAUUUUAGCUUGAUGAUGGACUCCGAUAUUUACAAGUACAUUCAGAAGCACGGUGAGGAGAAAUACAAGCAAAUCCUUUGCAAGCAUAAAGUGGAGGUGGUGGAUAUUAGCACCAAAGACGUGACCACCUUGUUCUUACAGUCCAGCCUAGAAAAUUUGGCAAGCAUGGAAAGCUUACAGGAAGCCCACUGGGAUCUGAGAAGUCUGUACCAGGAGUAUGAGAACACGCUACGCAAAGAGCAGAUCCUGAAGGAGGAUAUUACCGAGAGCAAAUUGUGUUGCGAAAUCCUACAGUUUCGCUAUCCCAAGAUCCUUCUGAGCGAAGAUGAGACCUACAUAUACAUCAUAGGCAGCUCCAGCGAUGUGUCAGAAGCCAAGCAAUUCUUGCUGAAUAUCCAGAUGAAGCAAGGAAGCAUUGGAAAAUAUGACUCUGGAAACCCUUCUGCACUCUUGCCUACCAGGACCUCCCUGGACAAUAAAAAUGACAAACAUCCCAAGCUAGGAGGCUCUGGUAAACCCGAUGGUGGCAAAGAUUAUAGAUUGGCUGCCAAUUUCAAUAGCUGCAAGGAGCCUGUGUGGAAAAGCAAGGUGCUUGGUGACGAUGACCUCUUCUCCCGGCUGGGGCCAAGUGAAGGGGCUCAUAUGUUCUCCAGGGAUUUUGCCUCCCAAGGAAGUCAAGCCUUUUCAAGCGGAGGGUUCUACCUGAGAGAUCUCAAAGGCCCCGACCGGACAAGUGAAGACGUACUUUUCAAGAAAUAUGAGUCUUCUUCUGCCGGCAGUAGAAUCAAAGACCGCCGCCCCUUCCAAAGUGGCACAACAGUCAGAGCCACAGGACCUGUGAAGGCUGUUCAGGGAGCUGCUGCAUCGAGCACCUUCCACCACAUGGACCUGUUUGCAGGUGGCGAGGUGCUGAAUGACAGAGCCCUCACCACCACCUCACACAACUUUGAGUUCAAGCCUCUGGUGCAGCGGUCCAACAGCUUCUCGGGAAGGAUUACAUCUAAAGAGGACCGGAAACCGGCUGGUCUGAACAACAUACCAACAAGGCAAAACAGAAACAGUAGCAGCAGCCCUGGAAAAGAAGAUUCCCCUACAGCACAAUUGUUUGUCUCUGAAGUUGUGUGGGUUUAUGUGAAAGAUGCCUACAGUGAUCACAUCGCCAGUAUGACGUCAGGCAUUCAGAUAAAGGAGAGCAAAGAAAAAGGCUCCAUAAAGCUGCUUCUGCUGGGGCUGGACCAGCUGAAGCUCAGCUUGUGCAAACAGGAGUUGCAGAGGCUGUGCUCAGUGGUGGAAAUGGACCUCACCAGCACUGAGGUCAGCCUUUCACAGCUGGGCGUUACACAUCCGAAGGAUGAAACUUUGGAGAUGUUUUGCAAGGAACUAAAAAACAAAUAUGAAAAAAUAAAAAUAGUGACAAGUGAUUGCAGUGUCCGUGUCUGGGGCCCCAAGGAGUUGUGUGUGCUGGUGACCUAUACACUUAAAGAGGUUUUCAGUGCAGGAAGUUUAAAAUCCCAGCGAUCCGUCUCAGAAGCCUACCCCACUGCAGCUUCCCUCUCCUCUGUAGUGGACACACAUGAAGACGAGAUCCAGUCCAGCCAGACCAAGGUGGAGGCAUAUUUGAAGGACCUGGAGUCUGCCUCCAGAAAACACAGCUCCAACAAUGGUAGUCUCAGCCAGCACAGACCAGCGAACUCUGCCCUCUUCUCAACAGAUCACUCGGAACAUUCAUCACAUGACCUGACGUUGCAGACAGAGAAAGAGCUGAAGGCUUCCACUCAAGACGAGAUGAAGGACAACACCCAGGAGACGUGGGUUGAGGAACAACAUCAGGACCACUACAAUUCAACUCUGAAGGGUAAAAAUCAUUCUUUAGCUAAGAAGGACAGGAACAGCAUGUCAACACAGAAAGACUCUAAUGUCACACAGAAAUUGAGAAGAGGCACAGUGGAUGGAGAGGCCGCCCUGACAAUAAAAACCCUGAAUACUAACAGGACCUUAUCUGAAACCCACUCAAGGCUCAUGGAGGUGCCCAAGAUGGGUAAUAAGACUGACAGCGGGUUGCAGUCGCUGCCUACAUGGGCGUACAGUGCCCAGAAGAUGGGUCUGCAGAGCAAGGAGUGUGAUUUAGGAAACCUGAGAGAUCCCAGCACCCGUCAGCAAUGCCAGGGCUCCCCUAGUGAUCCAGGCACAGAAAGUCCAGGUGCCAAGCUUCCCCUGCAGAGCUCUACCAAGACACAGGAUGCCCAAGCUUGCGUGGUGCCCACUGAGACCUGCAUACAGUGCCAAAAUAGCAGUGUGUCCAGGACAAAAUGUGGUAUUUUACUCUGCAUAGACUGCCAACUGAAGAUCCAUACCAGCUGUAGAGUUUGUGCUCAGCCCAGCGCAGUUGGCAUCAAAGGCUCCAUGACCUACACAGAGUUGUCCACCAGUCUGAGUGGACAUCCCAGAGACAUGACGUUAAAGAUCACCUACAUCAUUCCUGAUGGCAUUCAAGGGGAAGGCCACCCUAACCCUGGCUCCCCAUUCUCGGGAGGAGCUUUUGAUGCUUACCUGCCUUUAAACCCCAAGGGGAAGAAGCUGCUUUCUCUGCUGAAGAAGGCCUUCGAGCAGGGUCUGACCUUCACAAUCAGAGCAGGGAAGACAGAGGACAGGGUGAUGUGGGGCAGAAUUCCUCACAAGACCAAGAUGGAAGGAGGAAAGUCAGGGAACGGCUACCCAGAUGCCACAUAUCUCAGUAACGUGCUGGACGUGCUGAAGUCCUUCGGAAUUGAAUCCAGUAAGUAGAGUGAGACUCUUUCUAAAGGAAAAUGGACCUUUCUACUGCUGGAUCAACAAGCUCGUCCAGAAUCAUCGUAAAACUCUUCAUGCUUACAGGACAGUUUUUGUUUAAUUUUAUAAUAAGGAGGUGUAUAUUUUUUUAUAUUUGCUGAAAAAUGUUUUCUACCUACCUGCAUAUUCACAAAUGUCCACAUGGUGAAGCUACAGCUGUACUGCUGACACUUGUAUUCCCUCUCAGUAUACUGAUAAGAGCUUUCCAGUGUUCAAGGCAGAACAAAUUGUGGCCUUUCUUCAAAUUAAGAUGAGUUUGAGAAUGCCGUCAUGAUUUUAAUGGAAAAAAAUGUCCCUAGUUGCUACUACUCUACACUGUGGAUCUGAAUCAACAUUUCUUUGUCUUGUAUCUGGAGGAAGGAGUUCCCUAUCUUUCCUUGUAAAAUUAACCACCCUUCUCCCAGUUCACAUUCCAUGCAGAUUUCAAUAAUGAUGCAGCACAUCUUCCCUCUUAAAAAAGGACAAAUUGUAUACAACUGAAUACAGUUGAUUUCUGUUCCUGUACCAUGAUGCUGGUAAAGUGGAGUAACCAUUUCAGGUAACGUCCUACUUUGACUGUAAAAGUAUCAUUUAACAGUUUUAUAUUAUUGAAUUCUCUCCUUGAGUGAUUCCAACACAGAAUCAUGUAGAGUAAUUCACUGGUUUCUUUACUCAGAUUCUGAAUGUUUUAUUGUGAAAUGUUUUUCUAUAGCUGUUUGUGAAUGACAUUCCAGGAGUAUUAACUGAGAUACACAGUCUGAGCGGAUCUUAGUGGUCGUCUCCGAAGGCAACUCCUGCGCUCUUACGCAGCACUUUAACUCUGGGACCUGCUUCUCCCAACGUUGGAGCACAGCUUCAAUCUGGUUUCCAGUCCUUGCUCAGUGUCUACUGAUCAACGCAGUCAGACGACAUGAAUAAAAACUGCUAAAUUUUAUGUUACUCCGUGGAGUUCUGUGUGAUUAUUACUCUUACUCUGGAAAAGACUAAGACUAGAAAUUGUCUCACAAAAAAACAUUCCAGAUAGGAGAGUUUAUUAAACAAGAUUUUCACUUAGCCUUCAGGCAGAAAUAAUACAAUGGACACUCUGUAUGGAAACUUAUCUGCAGUUAAUCAUUGACCUGGUAUGUUUAUCAUAAUCACUUGGGCAGACAGGGAACACUUGAGGUGAAUUUCAGGUGAAAGUCUGUCUCUGUUGGAAGCCUGUUCUCAGCCCAGCUCACCUGUGUUCGCCUGUACAGGAAAUAUGGACCAGGGGCUUGGGAGGCCUUGCCAGGGCUGAGCAGGAUGCAGCAGCAGCUAGGGGACUGAUCUGAUGCCCAGUUCAAAGCUGCGAUGCUCUAUUCUACGUUUUGCCAAGUGCAGUUUACCACAAUUAUGUGGGUUGAGGCAAAUUCUUACCAAGAAUAGUUAAUCAUGAAAAAUGUGAUGAUAGUUAUAAGAGUGUAUGGGUAAAAUUGCUCUUUGGUGUGUGGGUGUGAUGACCCCUGUUCUAGAGUUUGUUUUAGAUUAAAAGCUUACACCUAGAA